UGGUUGCUGCCUAGGGAAAUUCUCCAUCAUCAUUUAGCUUUUUACCUGCCACUGAAGUACUGAAGCUUGUCAAUUUUUCCUAUACAGUCUUAAGAAAUGAUAAUAUCAAGCAAUUCCAACAGUAAAUUUCCAUAAAUUUUCUUAGUGAUUCAAUCAACCCAUGUGUUGUCUGCAGAUGGAGGUCACAGUAAGAAGUAUGGCACCAGGUUGCUCAUGGCAGGUAAGAACUUCACUCAUAGCAGCAGCAAAAGAAUUUGGUACACAGAAGACCAAAGUAAUGUAGUGUUCACAAAGAACAAAUCCAAAAAAUCGACAAUGAAGCAUCACUCUAUGUUGUGCGAUUCAGCACAGUGAUUGAUAUGAACAAUGUUUGAUGUAUUACUACUCUAAGUAAUAUUUGAUGUUUCCUCAUUUUCGUUUACUUACAUUACAGCAUUCAUAUCUGCGACUUCUGGGAUGCUUUUAGCAUGCACUUUUGCUGUGCUGAAGCCACUUUGGAAAAAAUCAUUCCUCUUUCAGAGAAAGAACCAUGAAGCCGAAGCAAAUAUUGAGUUAAUAUUAUCUAGAUAUGGGAUAAGACCCAAAAGAUACAGGUACAGUGAGUUGAAAAGAAUAACAAGGUCUUUCAGUGAAAAUCUAGGGGAAGGAGGAUAUGGCAUGGUUUUCAAAGGUGAGCUUAGUGAUGGAUGCUUGGUUGCUGUCAAACUACUUCACAACUCAAGAAGUGAUGGAGAAGAAUUUGUCAAUGAGGUUGUAAGCAUCAUGAACACCUCUCAUGUUAACAUAGUUUGUCUACUUGGAUUUUGUUUGGAAGGAUCAAAACGAGGUCUCGUGUAUGAGUACAUGCCCAAUGGAUCAUUGGAACGAUACAUCUAUUCUGAAAAUCCAAAAUCAGCUCUAGGAUGGGAAAAAUUAUAUGGAAUAGCAAUUGGCGUUGCACGAGGGUUAGAUUAUUUGCACCGAGGGUGCAAUAGGCGCAUCAUCCAUUUUGAUGUCAAACCUCACAAUAUCCUUUUAGAUGAGAACUAUUGUCCGAAAAUUGCUGAUUUUGGCCUUGCCAAACUCUGUAACAUCAAGGAGAGUAUCGUUUCAAUGGCUGGCGCACGAGGAACCAUUGGCUUCAUUGCUCCAGAAGUAUUCUCUAGAAGCUUUGGUGUUGUAUCAACCAAGUCAGACAUCUAUAGCUUUGGAAUGGUGCUUUUGGAGAUGGUUGGGGGGAGAAGGAAUGUGCAAGUAAAUGCUAAUAAUUCUAGCCAAGUCUAUUUCCCAGAAUGGCUUCAUGAUCACUUAUCUAAUGGUGGUACACUUGAAACCUUUGAAGUGACAAGCACAACUGAGGAGGUCGCAACAAAGAUGGCUUUGAUUGGUUUGUGGUGCAUACAAAUGAUGCCAGAAUCUCGCCCCUCUAUCACAAAGGUCAUAGAUAUGCUAGAGAGGAGUGUUACUGAAAUAGAAAUACCACCAAUGCAAUUCUUUUCUUGCACCUCAGAACCAUCAAUCCAUUCAAUCAAUACAACUUCUGCAGAAGAUACUCAGAAUUUAAGUUUUCUUUCUCAUGUUAACAAAUGAAAGAAAAGUGCUUACUCUCCUUGUUAGUACAGCUGUUGUACCACCACUGUGUAGAUAACAAAUGAGAGAAUGUAUGUUUGGUUGUGUGGCCGUGUGAACCCAGGCUGCAUUACUACUCUUCUGUAGAAAGUCCAGGUAUCAGAAGGCAGAGUCCUUCGAGAAAAUAAGAAACCGAGCCCUACUUGGUUCA